UAUGUAAUUUAAAAUUUUACUGGAUUUGAAUAUUUUUAGCUUACUUAGGAGUAUCAUGUGACAGUGAUCAAGAUUGUUAUGAUAUAAACCGAGCAAUGUGCGACGAAAAUAAAAAAUGUGUUUGUAAAAUGAAUAGUAUUGCAAUAGGCCAAAAUGAAAUGUGUACGUCGCUCAUAGAAGGGUUUUGCAGUAGUGAUUCUGAUUGCCUUCCUUUAAAUUCUGCUUGUGUUGAUAAUAAAUGUCAAUGCAAACACAUAUUUUCUGCUGUAUCUAAUCGCGAAUGUAAACUAUCUUACUUCGGACAACGUUGUGACAAUGAUCAAGAUUGUAAUGAUAUAAAUCGUGCAAUAUGUUCUAAAGAUAAAAAAUGUGUUUGUCGCGAAAAUCAUAUUUCUUUGGAUAAUGCAACAUGUGCGCCUUUAUUAGGCGGAUAUUGCUGGACAAAGGAAGAAUGUGUACCCGAUAAUUCUAUUUGUGUAUUUGACAAAUGUCAGUGUAAACUGCACUUUGAGAGUAAAUCUAAUGAUCAAUGUGUACGAAAGAUCUUAGGUCGGUAUUGUAAAAAUAAUGAAGCUUGCGAAAAAAUCCAACAUGCAAAAUGCUCUGAGGAUUAUCGUUGUAUUUGUAAACGAAAUCAUUUUGCAAUCGACGAUACGAUAUGUGGAUCAUUAUUAAAUGGAUUUUGUAUGGGGAGUGAAGAAUGUUCAGUAAAUAAUUCUAUUUGUGCUGAAGAAAAAUGUCAGUGCAAAGUAGGAUUUGUUCGAGAAUCAAAAUUUAAAUGCGUGCCGGCUGUCUUGAACAAGAAAUGUGAAACCGAAGCUGAUUGCAAAGACAUUUGGAGAUCAGAAUGUUCAAAUGAUAAAGUGUGUGUUUGUAAAGCAAAUCACACGGUAGUAGACGGCUUACGAUGUGCACCACUAAUUGGGGAAUUUUGUCUUGACGCUGAAGAUUGUGCGCCUUAUAAUUCUGUAUGUUUUAAAUCUAGAUGUGAAUGUCAAUCUGGUUUUGUAACUCAAUCCAAUACUGAAUGUGUACCACGUAAGCAGAUUUUUUGAAACAUAACGAUUAUUAUCUCAUGCAAUUACUUUUUAAUAUGUUUUAAAAAAUAAAAUUUUGAAGUGUUUUUUUUUAAUAAAAAUGAGUAAAGUAGCCUGCAAUUGUUAUUAUAGCACAGUUGGGGAAGUUUUGCGAA